UUCUACCAUAUUCACAAUUUUUCAACAAACCCACAAAAUACAGAGCAAAAAAAAUGGUUUCUUUACAAAAUUCCACAUCUUUGUUAUCAUCAUCUUCAAGCAAAAUUAGCAUAACAAGUUCAAUUAGUGGUCCAAAAUACUUUAGGUACCCCAAAAUCACAGUCCCAAAACUACCAAAUCAUGUUCAAAAACAGCAACUCAUUGAGGAGCUUAAUAAGCUUACUACUAAUCUCCCAUUAAGAGAACCAAAAUCCACCACCACCACCACCACCUCCGCCACCGCGAAAACCUCAAUUGAAACAAUCAAACUGUAUACAAUCUUAGAAUCUGUUAGUGAUAGGAUUGAAAUGCACCAAAACAUCGGUGAUCAACGCGAGAAUUGGAACUCCUUGUUGUUGAACUCUGUUAACAUGAUCACCUUAACCGCGGUUACAAUGGCGGGUCUAGCCGAAGCUAGUGGGUCGUCAAACGGGUUCGGGUUGAAGGUGUCUUCAACUUUACUCUUUGUAGCGGGUACAGGAUUACUUUUAGUAAUGAACAAGAUUCAACCUUCUCAGUUAGUUGAGGAACAAAGGAAUGCUGUCAGACUUUUCAAGAGACUUCAGAAUAACAUUCAGACCACUCUUUCUGUCAGAAAACCGAGUCGGGAAGAUGUCGAGGUGGCGAUGGCGAAGGUGUUGGCUUUGGAUAGGGCGUACCCUUUACCUCUUUUAGGGGCUAUGAUUGAUAAAUACCCCGAGAGUUUACAGCCUGCUGUAUGGUGGCCGUCUAUGAAACAAUCAUCUUCUUCUUCACCAAAACAUAAACAUUGUGACCGAAAUGGGUGGACUAGGGAGUUGGAGGAUAAUGUAAGGGAAAUUGUAGGGGUGACAAAGACAAGGGAUAUUGAGGAUUAUAUUAGGUUAGGAAACAAGGCAUUGAAGUUGAGCAAAAUGUUGGCUGUCUCGGGCCCACUUUUGACCGGCAUUGCGGCUGUUGGAGCCGCUGGUGGUGGGCAGUGGGGCGGACUUGUGGCGGCGGUGGCGGGGUCCAUGGCUGCUGCGGUGAACACCGUAGAACAUGGUGGACAAGUAGGAAUGGUGUUUGAGAUGUACAGGAAUUGUGCUGGUUUUUUUAAGUUGUUGGAAGAGACUGUUGAGUCUACCUUAAAUGAGGAAGAUUUAGGGAAAAGAGAAAAUGGAGAGGUUUUUGAGUUGAAGAUGGCUUUGCAUUUGGGUAGAAGCCUGUCUGAACUCAGGGAUUUUGCUGAGAAAUCAAGAAGAAAUGAAGGUUCAGUAGAUGAGUUUGCAAGCAAGCUCUUUUAAUUAAUCAAUCAAUUAGUUGCUGUACAUUUGUGAUUUGUGAUCAGGAAAUUCUUUCAUUCUUUUAUCAGUUCUGAAGAUGACACUAUUGUCUGUAUAGACUAAAAUUUAGAUGAUUUUGUACAUGUAGGAAUGAUUUAUGACAUUUUACGUAGCUCAUGUAUUGGGAAAUAUGACAUUAUUAUAGUAUAAAUAUUGGGAGAUGAUCAAUGAUUUAUACUCCAAUCAAUGGAAAAUUUGUAAUUAUUAAUCCAACCUUUGCCCGGUUUUCUUUAAUUAAGCUUACCUAUGCGAUAUUUCUAAAUAAUCCAACCUUU